UCACUCAAUACUCCAUCAGAUCAACAGGGGAACCGAAACAUUUAAUAUGAGAGAUUUUACGGCUUUUGUGGUUCUUGCCCUGUCCGUUUUGACUGUGGCUCAGGCAGCUGUUUACAUUGGCGGUGGCUGUUAUGACUGUAAUCCACCCAAUGGUCAAGCUCCUGGCGUCUAUACAGGUGGCAAUGGCGGCGGUGGCCGAGGCAAUGGCGGAGGUGGAAACUAUUAUAAUCCAGGCUCUGGAGGUGGCGGCGGAAGUGGUCGUCCAGUUUAUUCAGGAAACUUUGGACCUGGCUACAGCAACGGCGGAGGUGGUGGCGGUGGUGCACGUUAUGGUGGUGGCGGCGGCGGUGGGGGUGGUCGGGGAUAUAAUGAUUAUGACAGCGGUCUUACGCAAAUUAUAACUGGCUAAGUAAACAAUGUGCUUUCAUUUAUAGUUCGAACAUGGCUUGCCUCAUACAGAUUAUGUAUUUGUGUGAAAAGUGAAAAGUGUGAAGUGAAAAACAAGAUUCAUAAUGUAGUUUGCAUAAUUACUACAAAAUAGACUAGGAUAGAAGCUGAAAAAUUCUCAUAACGUAAUUUGCGGUUAUUGUUAUAAUGUAUCAAAUUCCAGCUAGAAAUUCACAGAGCUGCGGUGUCUAUAAAUACACUAAAUAUAAUCAUUUAAAAUGAGACGUUAAUUAGGAACAAAUGUGGCGAACUAGGGCUUCUUCCUUUGAAAUGUUUAAUCAGGGGAAUGCCAAACAUUGGGGUUGAAGAUUGCUCCAUUGCACAUAUUUCACUUUGUUAGGUACAAAUUAAUGAGCAGCUACAAUUACAUUCAUUUUAAGUA